CACACACGCAAACACUGAAGUUUCCUCUAAAUGGCGAAAAGGCAAACAGUCCGACUGACCGUAGGAGAGUAAAGACAGAAACAGAGGUGGGUUAAAGAAAGACCACAAAGAGGACAUACGCUCGCCUGUUGUUAAUCUGAGGGACGGUGAACGCUGCUCCGCCUCACCGAAGUUUUUUGUUUUUCCUCAGUCCAAGAGGAAAACUUCUCCAGUACAAAGACGGAAACAACAUUUUUUUCCAUCCAGAAACCACAAACAGAUGUACCUGAGACCAGACAGCUCCGUUUGAUAAGACCGCAGCCACACAAACCUCAUCUGAGAAGUCUUAGUGGUUGAUGCCACCAGGAUGGGGAACAGCAGCAGCGACAGGUCCAGUGGGAGUCAGGGUGAGAGGUCGUACAGAGAUGGACAGCAAGGAGGGAAGGAGGCACGUCCCAACAUCCUGAUGGACAGCACAGAGGACGCAGAUCUUUUCCAGAGAGAAGAUCCAAAGGCUCCACAGGAAAUACAGGAAUUUCUGGCCUGGCAGCAGGACCUGGAGAGUGAGAGCAAAAGUCCAACACAGGCCAGACCGACUGUGUUCAGAUGGUCGGGGGUCGCCAAAGAAGUCUUUGUGUCCGGCUCUUUUAACAACUGGGCCACCAAGAUCCCACUCAACAAAAGUCAGAAAAACUUUGUGGCUAUUGUGGACCUGCCGGAGGGAGAGCACCAGUACAAGUUUUGCGUAGAUGGUCAGUGGACUUUGGAUCCGACUGGGGCCGUAAUGACGUCUAAGACUGGAACAGUCAAUAACGUUAUCCAGGUGAAGAGAACUGACUUUGAAGUCUUUGAUGCCCUCAGGAUCGACUCACAGGAUUCUGCUGACAUCUCAGACUUGUCCAGUUCCCCCCCCGGCCCCUACCAACAGGACGCUUAUGUGACCAAAUCAGAAGACAAGCUCAAACACCCUCCUAUCUUACCUCCCCACCUGCUGCAAGUGCUGCUCAACAAGGACACAGGUGUCUCUUGUGACCCGACGCUGCUUCCAGAGCCCAACCAUGUGAUGCUCAAUCACCUGUAUGCCCUCUCCAUCAAGGAUGGGGUGAUGGUUCUCAGUGCGACACACAGAUACAAAAAGAAGUAUGUGACCACUCUUCUGUACAAGCCAAUAUAAUCCACAGAGCCAUGAUCCCUCCUCGUAUACUGGAAUAAUAAUUCGUAUUUUGUUGUAUGCAGCUGUUUACUUGGACUGUUUUGUUAAAACCAACCUUAAAUAUCUUCCUAAUAUCAAUUUAAAACAUUUUUAACCAUCCUUUAAUCUCAUACUUUGAAAAUGUGCAUAUUUGGGUUGCUACACAGUGAUGGUGCUUCGUUCACGAUGAAGCCACAACCUCAACCUCUUUAUGAUCGGUUGGUGUUAAGCAAGCAGAAAAUGAGAGGAGAAGGGGUCAGGUGAGGUUUUCAUUGUGCACUGCACUUAAUCCACAUGUGUCAGUAGAUGAUGUUGAUGUUGUUUGAGUACUCUAAACUUCAGGAUAUCAGGACACGUGUGUGUAGGGUGAAAUUCAACUGGAAUGCAACAUGAGUCUCACUGUCUUUAUUCUCUUUAUUUUAAACUGAUGCCUUUGUUGAAAAUCAGACUUCUUUUACAUCACGUUUUAUUGAAAAAUUACAAAGAAAUUAAAAUAUCUUUAUAAAAUA